AGCACACUACUACCCAUCUCUCUCCCCUUUUCCAAACAUAAAAACAGCCCCCCCCGCCUCUCUAUCUCUCCACCCCACAUCUCUUAAUCACAUACAAUGAGCUCAAGGAACCAAUACGCCGACCCCGACGCCGACGAGGCCAACCACACCUUUGACGAUGACAUCGAGGAGACCUAUGUCGAGGAGGACGAUGUUGCCGAUGUCGUUGGCGACGGCGACGACGACGACGGCGAGAUGAACCAAGAGGAGGGCAGCAGCCAGCAGCGCGGCGAGGUUCUCCUGGAGGACGACUCUAUCCAAGGCUUUUUCCUGCACAAGGAGCCAGUCUUCUCGAAGAACGAGAACCUGGCUGUGUCGGGCGGUGGCGACGACCGCGCGUACCUGUGGCGGCUCGACACCGGCGAUACCGUCGCUGAGCUGGACAAGCACGACGACUCGGUGAGCUCGGUCAAGUUCAGCAAUGACGGCACGCUGGUUGCCUCGGGCGGCAUGGACGGUAAGGUCAACGUCUACACAGUUGACAAUGCCAAGCGGUGCGGCCCUGACGAGAUCCAGUGGAUCAACUGGCACCCUAAGGGCAACGUCCUGCUGGCCGGCUCCAACGACGCCUCGCUGUGGAUGUGGUCUCUGCCGACAGGCGACUUUAUGAACGUCUUCAACGGCCACGCGGCGCCCAUCACCUGUGGCCAGUUCACCAACAGCGGCCGCAACAUUGUGUCGGGUUCCGAGGACGGCUCCCUUAUCAUCUGGGACCCCAAGACGGCGGCCAUCGUGACGCAGUUCACGUCCGACAACGAGCGCUUCCAUCAGGAGGCUAUCACGUCGCUGGCCAUCGCCAAGGACGACCAGACUAUCCUCACCGGCUCCACUGACAGCACUGCCAAGCUGGUACACAUCAAUGGCACCGCUGUCGGCCUGUGCUCGAUUCUGCCGCUGGCGGCCACCGGCUCCGUUGACGGCAGCCUGAGCAUCUGGGACAUCAACUCGAUGCGCCUGCGCACGACACUGAAGCACGAUGACUCGGUUAACCGGAUUAUGUGGCACGAGGAUUCGCCCCUGCUGACAUCAGUGUCGAUGGACUGCACUGUGCGCACCUGGGACACGCGUACCGGCGAGUGCGUGCGCACGUCCAGGGGCCACCAGGAGGGCAUCAUGGAGUUUGCCAUGACCAAGGACGGCAAGAUUGCCGUCACCGCCUCGGACGAUGGCUGCUGCCUGGUGUUUUCGCAGCAGAAAUAAAUCACCCCGCUUGAUUUGAUUUGAUUUCUUUGCUGCUGUUCGACGUGCACAGUGAAAGAGACAUACCACAACCACACCACACUCGCACUGGAAUGGACCGGAUAGGGGGUGUGGAAAAAUAAAAUAAAAUGUAUGCGCGUGUUGAGUGGGCAAUUGUAAUUUAUUGUACUCAGUCAACUAAUGUUGCGUAGAAGAGGCCUU